AUGAUGAAGCUCACAGCACUCAUCGGGUUGGUGUUGAGCUUUGGGACUGCCGCCGUAGCAGCACCUACAGCAUGCACUCUUCCGUCUACGUACCGCUGGAAUUCGACCGGCGCGUUGGCCAGUCCGAUAUCAGGCUGGGUCUCACUGAAAGAUUUCUCUCAUGUCUUGUAUAAUGGCCAGCAUCUCGUGUGGGGGUCGACGCAUGACACAGGAACAGCCUGGGGCUCGAUGAACUUUGGUCUGUUCAGCGACUGGUCUGAUAUGGCAACGGCGAGCCAGAACAAAAUGACUCCGGGUACUGUUGCUCCAACCGUCUUCUACUUUGCCCCAAAGAGUAUUUGGGUACUCGCGUAUCAAUGGGGCCCGACCACCUUUUCCUAUUUGACGUCAAACAAUCCGUCCAGCGUCACCGGAUGGUCCUCGCCACAGCCGCUCUUUUCUGGCAGCAUCUCAGGCUCUAGCCCGCUGGACCAGACAGUCAUCGGCGACAGCACGAACAUGUAUCUGUUCUUCGCGGGAGACGAUGGAAAAAUUUACAGAGCGAGCAUGCCUAUUGGGAACUUCCCCGGAAGCUUCGGUUCGUCGUCAACAGUAGUCUUGAGUGACGAAAGAAACAGUCUGUUUGAGGCGGUUCAAGUCUACACCGUUCAAGGGCAGAAGCAAUAUCUCAUGAUAGUCGAGGCAAUAGGUGCAAAUGGACGCUAUUUCCGGUCAUUUACAGCCACUAACCUCGGCGGCGCAUGGACUCCGCAAGCCACGACCGAAAGUCAACCGUUCGCCGGCAAGGCGAACAGUGGCGCCACCUGGACAAACGACAUCAGUCAUGGCGAUCUCAUUCGCAGCAACCCUGAUCAAACGAUGACUAUUGACCCUUGCAACUUGCAGUUCUUGUACCAAGGGAGGGCGACAGAUUCUGGAGGAGACUAUAACCUUUGGCCUUACCGACCAGGUCUGCUAACUCUCCAGCAUUAGCUGU